CCCUGCCGACACCUCUCUCCCCACAGAAGACCGCGCCCCCUCGGCCGCCCCCUCGCUGUCCCCCACGCGCUUCCACCCGCAGGACAGACGCCUGGGACCCGGGGGCCGGCCAGGGGCAAAGGCUCCUCCGGGGCUGCGUGAGGAGGACGGCAUCCACGCCGCGCUUCCCGCUCCUCCGCACAAACCUCGCCUCCCACAUCUCCACGGCUGCCCGGGGCGCGUCGCCCCCACUUCCGGCGCCCUCGGUGCUGUCAGGAGAGCCUGGGUCCCGAACCGGCCCUGCAAGGCUUCCGGCCCCAGGGAACACUGAGGUGGUCCGGGCAGAGCGCCUCUGCUCCCGCGGCUUCCUGCCCCGCUGCUAACGCUGGGCGGCUCUGCACCGUCCUCUGGCCCAUUUCCCUUCAGCUCUCCGGGUCAGCGCCGCGCCUCCGGCCGAGGGGGCCGCUCUGUCCUCUCGAUGUCAGAGGGACGAGGAAGCCCCUUCCAGGCCUAGUGCCAGCCCUUCCCGCGUCUGUCUCAACUGACCCCUUACACGCUGCGCUUUCGCCAGUGCCCUUUGCCCUCAAACUGCCCCAACUAGCCCUGGAAGGCAGGAUGAGCCUGCUUCUGAGGGUCCCCCGCGGGAACCCCGCCCUGGCCUGCCUGGGUUGUCUUCCGCUGUCUCCCCUCUGAGAACCAUGGACCCUAAGCCUACCACGACCCCUGGCACGGCAGCAGCGUGAUCACUGAAAUAUUGCAAGCAAGGGAUGGCAGGGCCUGGGAAAAGCUGCCGCCUUCCCAAAAGGCCUGUCUCCCCGUGGGAAAGCCUCCCCACCAGUGCUGUGAAGAACGCACUCCAGCCGGGCACGGGGUUACAUACCCCUAAUGCCAGCACUCAGGAGGCUGAGGCAGGAGCACUGCAGUGAGCUCAAGGCCAGCCUGUGGCCACAGUGAGACCCAGACUCUGAGCCUCGUGAUGGAACAGAGCUGGGCUUGUUCCUCCUGUGCUGCAGGUGAGCGGGAGAGAACCAGACCAGCGCUGUAGGUGGGAGCCCCUCACAGAGGAAGAACAGCAGCAAAAACAGGAACUAAGAUGUCCUCUGUGCACGGAGCAGCUCCCACAGCGAGUGUCAUCACUGCACUGCAGACGUGGACUCACAAAAAUUCUUAAAAAUAAAGUUUUUAAAAUGUAAAACACAACAAAAAGGAGGCGAAGGCAGGGCUGCCCUUUCCUGCCGUGUCAAGAGCGCUCCACGGCGGCCCGAGGUCCCGGCCCCGCGGCGGG